AUGCUUAAUCAUUUUUUGUGUGAAGGAACUCAAUUAGCAAGUGGUGGUAAUGAUAACAUGCUCUUGAUUUGGGACAAAUCAAAUGAUAGUCCAAUCUAUAAAUUUCUUCAUCACACUGCUGCUGUUAAAGCAAUUGCUUGGAGUCCACAUUCACAUGGUCUUUUAGCAAGUGGUGGUGGUACUCAAGAUAAACAUAUUCGUUUUUGGUCAACUACAACUGGUGAAGCAUUGGAAAGUUAUGAUACUGAGUCACAAGUUUGUAACCUUGCUUGGUCUAGGCAUGCAAAUGAAAUAGUUUCUACUCAUGGGUACUCUCAAAAUCAAAUAAUUCUUUGGAAGUAUCCUUCUAUGGAACAAUUAGCUGUGUUAAAAGGACAUUCUUUUAGAGUAUUAUAUCUUUCUGUUUCACCUGAUGGUCAAAAUAUAGUUACUGGUGCUGGUGAUGAAACAUUACGUUUUUGGAAUAUCUUUAACAAUGCAAAAAAGGAGCCAAAACGUGAAUCGUUUUUUAAUUUUAGGGCAAAAAUUCGAUAA